AAGGGGCAGUCGAACUGCAAAAUCUCCGAUGGACCUAAUCUGCCUGUGCUGUUUAGCAGAAACAAGUGCAACGUUUAAAACCUCUACGAGAUGCGAAUUUCAAGCCGACGAAUGUUGUGACGCAAAUCAAUCCACCAGCAGCAUGAUUCAGUUGGGUGAAAUUUAUUCGCAACUCUUGCAGCUUCCGCCUUCGUCGGAGAAGCGAUCGCCAGACCAGAGCCAGCCACCACUGUACGGCGAAAUUUGUUCUCGAUGCGUCGAUAUGCUAAAGGACUUUUAUCGCUUUCGAACAAGGGCAAUAAGGGCGUACGAAGAGCUACAGACGAAAGCGAAUAUUGCCAAAAUUAUCAACAGUCUAGAGCAAAGCAGUGUUGGAAGUGUGGAGGCUGAGCAAACGGAAGACGAUUUGGGAAGAACGCACCGACACGAUAAAGCUGAGCAAUUAGAAGCCACCGAUGAACCGGACAGUACUGCGCUUUUACCGUGUACUAGCUGCAACAAAAAGUUUACGGACCGCAAACUGCUGACAAUGCACGCAAAAACGCAUUCCACCACCAACAAAAGGAAGUAUAGAUGCAAACAGUGUGAAAUAGAAUUUGCAACCAAAAGGUCUUGCCACAACCAUCAGCUAAAAAUCCACGGAAAGGUUUUGCGCUGCAGUAAAGAUCAAGCACCAGCAACGAGUGAUAAAAAUACGCAGUUUGAUAACGGAAGGAGAGCCAAAGAAUCACGCGAAACAAACAACCGCCGGAUAAAAGCAGAACCGGGACAGCCGAAACAGAGGCCGGGAGGAUUCGGUUGCGACGUUUGCUUUAAAAGUUUUACCAGAAAAUCUUCACUGAAUCACCACAAGCAGGUGCUGCACGCCGGCGUACGGCAGCACAUGUGUCACAUAUGCAAUCGUACGUUCGGCAAAGGAGACUCGCUAAAUACGCAUCUGGCGCUGCAUGUAGGGAAAAAGUACCGCUGUAAGCUGUGCAGUAAAUCAUUCGCCAAAAGCAGCUUCUUGCGCAAGCACCUGGAGGAGCACGAAUGGCCUGAGAGCAAGCGAAAGUACACGUGCGCAGUUUGUUCGAAACGAUUCGCUACGAUCAGUCAUCUGCACGAUCACGAGUUGAUUCACAGCGACAAAAAACCUCACAAAUGCAACCACUGCGAAAAGAGCUUUCGUCAAAAGCAGCAGCUGAAGGCUCACGUAGGCAAACAUCAUCCAGGGCGGGAGCAAAUGUCCCUGGACAAAUUCGGCCUUGCAGUGGGCGCAGAGGCUAGCAGCACUAGCACCGUAUCGCAACCGGACUUUGGCGACAAAGCCGUGAACGAAGAGAUAUUGAACGAAAUCUGCUAUCAAAUCAAUUCAAAUCCCCUAAUGUUGGAAAACAUAGACGCCGGCGGUGUUAACCUCAUCUGCAACGAGCAAAUAAUUUUCUUAAACGAAUAAAAUUUCCUCAGACGAUUCAAAAA